GCUCUGCUCUCCAUUCCUCCCCAACUCCGCGUCAGUCUGUCAGAGACCGUCUGAGUGCGCGCACACACGCAGUGUCCCAUCACACACGCCUUUGGGGCAUUCGCGCGCGCUGACGCGCACACAAACACACACACGCUCAGGCUCUCCCCGUUGGACCAGAGAGCAGAGCAGAGCAGAGGAGAGGAGAGGAGAGGAGAAGGGAGAGCGCAUAUCUAUCUGCCUCCAACUUCUGUCUUUGCUUCUACGCGCGUCUUUCUGAUUCCUCUUAUCCACCAAUGCGAGGAUUUUAUUCCUGUUAUCAGUCUCACUACUGUCCCGAACUAAGGAAACCCACUUUAAGGACCAGGCGGGAGUAUGUAAAACAACCCUACUGCUGAACAAAACAAGAAGAAAGAGAAAAGAAAUGGAUAAACGGAGUUAUUCUCGCGUUUUGCCGGCAGCUUUCUUCUACUUUGUACUUUGGGGAUUUACUGAUGGACAAUUCUUUCCAGGCGGCUGCACGUUUGAAGAGUCGUAUAGCAGCUGCGGGUACAGCGUUUCUCUCGGAACCAAUGGAUUUACCUGGGAGCAAGUCAACUCCUGGGAAAAACCCACCAUGGAUCCGGCUCUGCCUACAGGUUCUUUCAUGGUGGUGAACGCUUCGGGCCGUGCGUCAGGGCAGAAGGCUCACCUGUACAUGCCCACCCUGAAGGAGAACGACACCCACUGCAUCGACUUCCUUUACUCUCUAUCCAGCCGGGACGGAGCCAGCCCAGGCACACUCAACGUCUAUAUCAAGGUGAAUGGAGGCGCUCAGGGUAACCCAGUGUGGAACGCCUCUGAUACCGUCACUGAAGGCUGGGUGAAGGCUGAGCUGGCCAUUUCCACAUUCUGGCCUAACUCCUAUCAGGUAAUAUUCGAGGCGGUUUCGGUCCAAGGCCAUCCAGGUUUCAUCGCCAUCGAUGACAUACGGGUUCUGGCUCACCCAUGCCGUAAGGCGCCUCACUUCCUGCGUCUGCAGAACGUGGAGGUGAACGUGGGUCAGAACGCUACAUUUCAGUGUACAGCUGGAGGGAAGUGGUCUCAGCAUGAUAAACUCUGGUUACAGCAGUGGAACGGCAAGGACACAGCACUGAUGGUGACCAGGGUGGUGAACCACCGACGUUUCUCUGCAACUGUCAGCGUCGGCGACACGUCCCAGCGCAGCACCAGCCGCUAUCGCUGUGUCAUCAGAUCAGACGGCGGCUCGGGGGUGUCCAACUACGCCGACCUCAUUGUUAAAGCUCCACCCACUCCCAUUGCCCCACCUGAGCUUCUUGCUGUUGGUGCCACCUACCUUUGGAUCAAACCCAACGCCAACAGCAUCAUUGGCGACGGGCCCAUCAUCCUGAAGGAGGUCGAGUAUCGCACCACUUCAGGGAACUGGGCCGAGACCCAUGUGGUCGACUCCCCUACCUACAAACUGUGGCAUCUGGACCCAGAUGUGGAGUACGAGAUCAAGGUCCUGCUGUCCAGGCCCGGAGAGGGAGGAACGGGGCCGCCGGGACCGUCGCUGGUCACCAGGACCAAAUGUGCAGAUCCUGUCCACGGCCCCCAAAACGUCAAUGUGGUGGAUGUCAGGGCCCGUCAGCUGACUAUACAAUGGGAGACUUUUGGGUACGCCGUGACACGGUGCCACAGCUACAAUCUGACGGUGCAGUACCAGUAUGUGUUCAAUCAGCAGGAGUUUGUGGCCGAGGAGCAGAUCGAGACGUCGUCGCAUUACACUCUGAGAGGACUGAGGCCUUUUGUCACAGUUAGGCUGCGGCUUGUCCUGGCCAACCCCGAAGGCAGCAAGGAGAGUGAGGAGAUAGUCAAGCAGACGGAGGAGGACGUGCCUGGCUCGGUGCCUAUGGAGUCUCUGCAGAACACCCCAUACGAAGAGAAGAUCUUCAUGCAGUGGAAAGCCCCCAAUGAGACCAAUGGGGUCAUCACACUGUACGAGAUUACCUACAAGGCACUGAGCUCCUUGGAUCCCAGCGCUGAUCUGACAACCCAGAGGGGACGAGUGUUCAAGCUGAGGAACGAGACCCAUCACUUGUUCGUGGGGCUCUACCCGGGCACCACCUACUUCUUCACCCUCAAAGCCUCCACGAACAAGGGCUUCGGUCCGCCCGUCACCACCCGCAUAACCACCAAGAUAGCAGCCCCCAUGAUGCCAGAAUAUGACUCAGAGGCUCCCCUUAAUGAGACAGAGACCACUAUCACUAUCUUGCUGAAGCCUGCCCACUCCCGUGGAGCACCUAUCAGCUCCUACCAGCUCGUUGUAAAGGAGGAGCGCAAGUCGAAGACCCGGCGUGCCGCCUCUGAGGCUCCCGAGUGUUUUUCCGCCCCGGUCAGCUUCCGCAAUGCCUCCAUCUUGGACUCCCCAUAUUACAUCGCUGCCGAACUGCCGCCUUCCAGCCUGACAGUGGUGCAGCCGUUCACGGUGGGGGACAACAAGAGCUACGGUGGUUUCUGGAAUCCCCCGCUAUCGCCCGCCAAGAGCUACAGCAUCUACUACCAGGCCAUGAGCAGAGCCAAUGGGGAAACCAAAAUCAACUGUGUCCGCCUGGCUAACAAAGUGGUAAUAGGUAGGGGACAAAUAACAACGCCGUACAUUCUAGUCAUCCCAAGCGAAGGCGCAUCCACCCAAGAUUCGGACGCCAUGGAGCCGGAGAAGCAGGUGGACAGCACCGUGAAAAUGGCGGGAGUGAUUGCCGGGAUUCUCAUGUUCAUCAUCAUCCUCCUCGGAGUUGUCCUCACCUUCAAGCGCAGAGAGAUUCACACGUGGAGAACUCUGAGCGUGGGGAAGCUGGCGAAGAAGCAGAAGGAAACGGCCAGCAGCUCCACCCAGCAGAGGGAGAUGGGUCCGGUAACGACGGCCGAUAAGAGCACCACGAAGGUCAGCACCCUGCACAAGGAUGACCCCUUCUCCACCUCCAACCAGGACCUCAACGGGUUCACCUCGCCCUCCCCCUGCUCCUUCUCUGUUCAGGGAAGCAAGACGCUGCAGAGCAAAUCCCUGCUGAAUUCCUACUACUCAGUUUCCAAAGAGCCAGUUCCUGCCACAACUUCAAUAGACAGUAGCCAGCCUUCACUUGCCCAGCCGUCUCUGACCCUCCAGAGUUUUCCCUAUGGAGGCUGCGAGUCGGUGGAGCUCUCCUACCAGAGCGGUCAGUUCCAGGCAGGCCAGUUUCAACCAGCUAUUCGAGUUGCGGACCUCCUCCAACACAUCACCCAGAUGAAAUGUGGACAGGGUUACGGUUUUAAGGAGGAAUAUGAGGCCCUGGCGGAGGGACAGACGGCGCCCUGGGAAACAGCCAAGAAGGACGAGAACCGCAACAAGAAUCGCUAUGGCAACAUCAUCGCUUAUCCCACAGACGAUCACACCAGGGUCCGACUGCAGCUGUUGGAUGGAGACCCCCACUCUGACUACAUCAAUGCCAAUUAUAUUGACGGGUACCACAGGCCCAGACAUUACAUCGCCACACAAGGGCCCAUGCAGGAGACAGUGAGGGAUUUCUGGAGGAUGGUCUGGCAGGAGAACUCGGCCUCUAUCGUCAUGGUUACGAACCUGGUGGAAGUGGGAAGGGUGAAGUGCGUGCGUUACUGGCCCGAUGAGACGGAGGUGUACGGAGACAUCAAGGUCACCCUGAUAGAAACUGAACCACUGGCAGAAUAUGUCAUUCGCACAUUCACCGUGCAAAAGAAGGGCCAUCAUGAGAUCCGGGAGCUCCGUCAGUUUCACUUCACCAGCUGGCCCGACCACGGCGUUCCCUGUUACGCAACAGGACUGCUGGGCUUUAUAAGACAGGUCAAGUUCCUCAACCCUCCAGAUGCCGGACCCAUAGUGGCACACUGCAGCGCUGGGGCAGGGAGGACGGGCUGCUUCAUCGCAGUGGACAUCAUGCUGGACAUGGCAGAAAACGAAGGAGUGGUGGACAUUUUCAACUGCAUCCGAGAACUGAGGUCACAACGAGUCAACAUGGUUCAGACAGAGGAGCAGUAUGUGUUUGUUCACGAUGCCAUCUUGGAAGCAUGUCUAUGUGGGAACACAGCCAUACCAGUGUGUGAGUUCAGAGCGAUUUACUACAACAUCAGCCGGCUGGACCCACAGACCAACUCCAGCCAGAUUAAAGAUGAGUUCCAGACUCUGAAUAUAGUGACUCCAAGAGUCCGUCCAGAGGACUGCAGCGUGGGUUUGCUACCAAGGAAUCACGACAAGAACCGCAGUAUGGACGUUCUGUCAGCAGACCGAUGCCUGCCUUUCCUCAUAUCUGUGGACGGAGAGAGCUCCAACUACAUCAAUGCUGCAUUAAUGGAUAGCCACAAACAGCCAGCGGCCUUCAUUGUUACCCAGCAUCCUCUGCCAAACACCAUGGGCGACUUCUGGAGGCUGGUUUUCGACUACAACUGCUCCUCCAUUGUAAUGCUCAAUGAGAUGGAUGCAGCACAGUUAUGUAUGCAGUACUGGCCAGAGAAGAGCUCGUGUUGCUAUGGCCCCAUUCAAGUAGAGUUCAUAUCGGCAGACAUUGAUGAAGACAUCAUCAACCGAAUCUUCAGGAUCUGCAACAUGGCCAGGCCUCAGGAUGGUUACCGCCUGGUGCAGCACUUCCAGUUUAUCGGCUGGCCGGCCUACAGGGACACGCCUCUCUCCAAGCGCUCCAUCCUCCAGUUGGUCAGGAGGCUGGCUAAGUGGCAGGAGCAGUAUGAUGGAGGAGACGGGAGGACUGUGGUACACUGCCUUACGGGUGGAGGGCGUUCGGGAACGUUCUGUGCCAUCUGCAGCAUCAAUGAGAUGAUCCAGCAGCAGAACAUCGUGGAUGUUUUCCACACCGUCAAAACACUGAGAAACAACAAGACUAAUAUGGUGGAGACUAUGGAGCAGUACAAGUUCUGCUACGAAGUGGCUCUGGAGGCGCUCAGCUCCUUCUGAUCGGCCGCGAGCCGAAGACCUCCCUGUUCUGAUUUGCCAUUGACGCUGCCUGUCAUUCUCAACGCAACACUGGGACACACGCAAAGUGCGAAACCGCCGCCUUCCUUGUGUCGACCAGAAUCCUACCUGCGAGCAUGUGUGUGUGUGUGUGUGUGUGUGGGUGUGCGUGUGUGUUUGAGAGCGUGUGCACGUGGUUUUGUGUGAAUAACGGAGAGCAUGCUUGCAUAUUUGAGCGCGUGUGCGUGUGUAUCUAUACGUGUGCCUGUGAAAACACACGCACAACCUGUACAGAAAAGGAAAAAAAAAGAUAAAAAUAAAACGACAAACAUACACACCGGUGAUUUUCAUGUGUGUGUGUGUGUUUGCUUCAGCACCGCUGGGGACUUUACAUGCUUGUACAAAGGGAAAAAAAGAAAGAAGAAAAUGAUAUGUUUAAGAAAAAAAAACAAAAAAAAAACUAAAUCAGAUGUUUAAAAGAAAAAGCGCCACUUUUUCCUUCUCUAUCUCUCUGUCCUCUCUUCUGGGCUGUGAUGUGACUACUGUACAGUAUUUCCUUUUUAGAUAUAUUCUACGCCUUGAAUGUUGUCUCCCUCUGAAGGCUGGAUGCACACUGGAAGAUGUUUUCAGUAGCUCCCAAAUGUUUGUGACCGUGAUCCAAAGCGAAGGAGCACUUGUUAGUAUUUCUCUGAAAUGGAACGCUGAUGAAUUUCUUUGCAGCCAGUGCCUCGUGUCCAAGUCAAUGUUAGAUGUUAAUGCUACUUGUAAUUCAGUAAUUGGCUAGAAAAUAAUAAUAAUAAUAAAAAACAUCUCAGCGUGGUUUCUGUUUCUUCGUGCUGACUUUUUCUGACAGUUUUGCUUUCACUCGGAGCCAUUAUAAGAAAUAAUACAAGAGAAGGAAACAUUAUAAUACAAGCAAUUUAUUUUUUAUUUCUUUUAUUUUUUCAUUUUUUUGACGGCUUAAUGAAAAGCUCAAAUCUUCCAGUUUGCAUCCACCCUUGCUGUAAAUAAGAUAAGACAACCACAGUCAAACAAACAAACAGACAAACAUCACGCACCAGACACAUUACACUAGCAAACACUCCCAAACGCCAUGUUAGUGUCAUUUUCAGUGAUUAUAGUUUGGAACGAAGUCUUACAUUACCCUUUUACCAACUGUCCAAUUAGACAAAAAAUUGAAAAAAAAAAAAAAAAAAAUUAAGAAAUACAGUUUUGCAUAUUGAACUGAACAAUGCUCUGAGUACAGGAAGUGUAACAACCAGCUGGCCGUGCAUCUCAGUGUGAUAUUUACUGUAUUACACAGUUUUCUUAUAAGGUGUCAUUGCAGCUUCAACAACAAUUCCAAAGUUUUAGCAGAAUUCGAACGAGUAGAACGCUGCACGUGGAGAAACGCGUUCGCAUGCAUUUGUCGACACCUGACAAAUCUGUGAACUCCAAUUAGUUCAGCCCACUGUGAUCAAAAAGGUUGAUGUGAUCAAGUGUCCUUUGAUAAGCCGUACUAUGUUUCAUGGAAAAAGAAGCGAGGGGACUGAGCCCGUCUCCCCAGUCUGCCAUCUAUCUAACACAAACACAAACGGACGGGUCACAUUUACUUUCCCUCUGCAAACAAAGCCUCAGUUUUCCUUUCCGCCGAGCCUAUAUGGGAGUGUGGGUUUACAAAUUCACUCCCUAUUGUAAUAGGAAAUAAUUUCAGUUGGAGGUUGACCCCGCCCUCCCAGGGGGGGCGAGAGUCAGUCCGCGCGGCCGACGGUUCAAAUGCCUCCGCGGCUCAAAGGUUGCGCAGGAGAGUGGGAGUUAAUGAGAAUUAUACGCGUGACGCCAACCCCGGCUCCCCAUUAUCCCCGUCUGAUCAGACGCUCUGUCUUUCUCUGUUGUCCCAUUUAAAAGAUGAGCGAGGGGACUAAAGCAAAAGCUCGCGAUUACGUUUGAGCAGCCUCUGAACUGUGCCGAGUCAAAAGACCUGUGACAGUGUUUGCGGAUUUGUUUUCACCUGUGGGGACUAAAAACGCUGUCGCACCGAUUAAAGGCCAGAUGAAGGGCUUAGCUUUCAAACUGAUCUGUUUUAGAGGAAUCACCGAAACUUGGGAACAGAACUAAAUCGACAUCAAAGAGCUUAAAAAUGUGUAAUUAUCGGGUUUACUUUUUCAUCAGGCAUCGGUUCACAUCAGCAUGUGUUAGUAUUUUGAGACUAUGUACUGCACGGCAUUGAUCUAAACCGAGGUACAGGUUAAAUUUUGGUGAACAUUCGUUUAGUUAUGGUUUUGUGCUCAUGGGACGAACCGACGUACUUUGUGGUGAAAUGUUGUGGCAAACCGUUCAGUCUGUGCUUACGUUUCAGUUUUUUCUGGAGUCCAGUCAGGCUCUUUAAUGGACCUAUCGAGACAAAGACGGUAUUGAAUACAAUGUGAAUGCCAGGAAUCUUUAUACUUGUUUUUUUUGUUUUUUGUUUUUUGUUUUUCGCGAAGACUUUUGUUUUAUCUGCUUGGUUCAUGGCCCUUCAUCUGUAUUAUAUUUUGUUUAUGUUCUUUCACUUUUUUUGUGUGUGGGGGGGAUUUUUGUCCUGAAUUUGUACAUUUAUUUUGUAUAAUUAUUAUUCUGAUGAUUAUUUGUCUAGCAAAGUGCUGUUUAGAUCUGGUGACGCCAUUUCCAUUGAUUGUUUAGUUGUUUGAAAUGUGGUUAACAUGAAAUAAAGGGACCAAAAUGUU